AUGAGUGUUGGAAACAAAUUGAGUCAAAGAUUGCUAUUGUCAUAUUGUUCAUUUACUUGCAUUUACUUUCCUGGAAUUCUGAUAUUACUUAGCUUAAAUAAUAAUUUAUAUAAUGUGGGAAAAUACAAAUUCAUUCCAGUAUUAUUAAUUUUGCUUUUCGCAGAAAUAAUCAAAUUGAUGUUUCCUAUAUUUCAUUCUGAAUCAAUACUUAUAACAAAAACUGAAUCAAGAAUAUCUUCAAAAGCUAAAAAAAUUUGGUAUAAAUAUUUGAAAGAAAUCUUUAAAUUCUUAUUGAUUGGUUUUCUUUUAUCUAUUAUAUAUUAUAUUGUUAUUAUAUUGUUUGGUGCACCAGUAUUUAUGCAUCAUGAAGAAACUACUAUGCUUACUGCAACACUGACUAUUCUUACAUUUGUUCCUGCAAGUUUACAUUUAGGAGUGGAUGGAGCAUUAGAAAUAUUAACAGGAGCACAGUCACAAAAAGGCAAUAUUCUAGUUGAUGCUAUAAAAAUAAAUAUACAAGGUACUCUUUUGGGUACAUGGUUAGGAGCUAUUGUAAUUCCAUUAGAUUGGGAUCGACCAUGGCAAGUUUGGCCAAUUCCAUGUGUUUUAGGUGCUCUUUUUGGCUAUACAAUUGCACAUUUUAUUACUCUUGUAAAAAUAUUAUUUAUAUUAAGAUUAGGUAAAAAAGUUCACAGAUAAAUAUUAAUAAUUAUAUAAAUAAAUAAAAUUUAAUAAUAUGAAUUUCAGUUAAUAUUUUAUUUAUGCAAUAAUUUAUUUUCAAAUGAUUAAGAUAUGUUUUUAAUAAAUUUAUUUCUCAUAAAAAAAUUUUAGAACAAAUAUUUUUUAUUGUAUUAAUUUUAUUAAGAAUUUUUUGUAUGAUAUAUUAUUGAAAAAUCUUACACAAAUGGCAUAAAAUUUGUUAAAACUAUUAACAUGUUAAAAAUAAUUUAUAAAUUUAUGAAAAAGUUAUGGAAAAAUUUAAAGAAAAUAUAAAUUUUUCCAUGUAAAAUAAGUUUUAUCUAAAAAAAGUCAUAUUAGGUCAAAUUACAUAAAACUUCUUAUAUAAUGAUGCAACUUAUUAAUGAUAAAAGAUAAUAACAACAAUAAUGUAAUUUGAUUUGUAAAGAUUAUUAUAAACUUAUUAUAAAUUAGAGAAUAUAAUCAAUAAAUUAUACAAAUGCAAACUUUAA